AUGGUUUUACUUCGCCAUCAUUUGAUUUUGAUUUUAGAAACAUUAAAGAUCCAAUUGUUCAUUAUCGUGGUAGUGAAGUAUAUAUAUACUCGCCCAUGUGGUUGGAUGAGAUUUGCAUUAAAUGUAAACAAAUAUAACACAGAAACUGAUGGAAAAACUUGGCUAGGACAUUGUAAUGGUCCAAAUGAAUGGUUAGUUUCAUACCAUGGUACAAAUGAUAUUUCGUGUAGUUCAAUAGCUAAAGAAGGUUAUCAACUAUCUAAAUGUACCCGAUUUGCAUAUGGGAAAGGUAUAUACUCAACACCAUCAAUUGACAUUGCAAAAGCAUAUGGAAAAACUUUUAUGGAUUGGGACAGUUAUCUGUUAUGGUCUUUUUUUUAA